GGUGCCGUUCCGUUACGCGCCGGGCCGUCAGUGUCCUGUCCUCCCCUCCGCCGAUGGGCGCGCCCAGCAGGGUCACGGCUUCGCUGUGUCCUUGCGGACGCGGGGUGGGCGCCCCAGAGCAAACGCGCGCCGGCGAGGGAACGGCCGCGUUCUGAGGAGAGCAGCGGCCGUGGGAGCCUCAGCAAUGUUGUGUCGAGCGGCGUGCAGCGCCGGCAGGAGGCUGGCCCCGGUGGCCGGUGCCGCGGGCUCCCGGCACAAGCAUAGCCUCCCCGACCUGCCUUACGACUAUGGCGCGCUGGAGCCGCACAUUAACGCGCAGAUCAUGCAGCUGCACCACAGCAAGCACCACGCGGCCUACGUGAACAAUCUGAACGCCACCGAGGAGAAGUACCACGAGGCGCUGGCCAAGGGAGAUGUUACAACUCAGGUUGCCCUUCAGCCUGCAUUGAAGUUCAAUGGUGGGGGACAUAUUAAUCACACCAUUUUCUGGACAAACCUGAGCCCUAAGGGUGGUGGAGAACCCAAAGGAGAGUUGCUGGAGGCUAUCAAGCGUGACUUUGGAUCUUUCGAGAAGUUUAAGGAGAAACUGACAGCCGUGUCUGUGGGAGUCCAAGGUUCAGGCUGGGGCUGGCUUGGCUUCAAUAAGGAGCAAGGUCGCUUACAGAUUGCUGCCUGCUCUAAUCAGGACCCAUUGCAAGGAACAACAGGCCUUAUUCCGCUGCUGGGGAUUGACGUGUGGGAGCACGCUUACUACCUCCAGUAUAAAAACGUCAGACCUGACUAUCUGAAAGCUAUCUGGAAUGUAAUCAACUGGGAAAAUGUUACUGAAAGAUACACAGCUUGCAAGAAGUAAAGCCCUUGGCCACAUUGAGUCUGCCAGGCCCUUGGCUGUUCUGUGGUAGUGUAGAGCACUGAAGCACUAUGACUGAGAUGCUGUAACCUUCACUGAUGUCUGUCCACAUAUGUGAUAAGCAUAAUGUUAGGAUAAGUUCUUAUUUUAAUUAAAUUUACUAUUAGGCAACUGUUGGAGAACAGUACAUACUCUGUGUGAAUUGCUCUUGAUUGAACAUUUUCAUUAGAGCCAGGAAUUGCUUGGACACUGCAACUAUCAUAAGACCGUCAGAAAUAUUCCAUCUCUAUGUUUUAGAGGCCUGUGGGAGAGUCUGUAAUCCUGUUCUACUGCAGUUAGAAAACAAUUGAGUUGCUCUUGUCUCCUUCCUGAGUUGUUUAAUGAUGAAAUAGAGAACUGAAUAGUCCUCCUUUCUAUUAAAAAUGGCUAUUUCUUGUAAGUAAUCCUCUAUUUAGUGGCUAUCACCUAGUGGUCUUUGUUUAUGUGAUCAGUUUCACAGAAACACCAUUCUUCACUUGAACUCUGUAACUAGGCUAAGGAUGGAUGGAGUUCGGUGGUAGAGCCUUGCCUGCCUUAUGCAAGGCCCUGGGCUCUACCUUAGUACUGAAAACAAGUCAACAGACCCAUCCUUUGGUUCCUGACUGAGGACUGUUUAUUAUGAAAGGAGUGUAAUGGUGCCUCUGGGUUUUCUACAGGCAGAGAUGCAAAAACAGUUAACCUUGUCUUUACAAACCAGCUGUGUGCCGUAUGAAAGUGCUCAAGGUGGACAGAGUAGGUAGGGCCUGUCCAAUGAUGUCAACCAUGGGGACUAGGUCACAGGGCAUUCUGGAAGCCAUUCAGCCCCAUUAAUUGUGUAUCUCAGGAGAACUGGACCCUGAGUGAGGUGGCACCUUUCUCAGUAGAGGCAAAUGGGUUUCUGAGUGAGGGCAGGCAAAUAGGGUAUCUUCAGAACAUUAGUUUUCAGAGACAUGUAUUUUCAUUUUUUUCUGCAGUUUCAAGAACUUACAGUCACAAGAGGGCCUUUGUGUUGUUUUCAAGGACACCCUUUCCUGAAAAGGUGACACAGUGUUUCUGGUUGUGUUCCUGUGCAGUGUUUGCAUGUGGAGCUCUACACUGUGGAAAUGCCAAUAGAGCCCUUUUGUGAGUCUGCCUUUCCACAUUUCGUCUCACCAUCUUCCUUGUCAUCUUUAAUGACUCUGUAAUCUUUAAUCAGUUGGACAUUACUGAAUAGUUUGUUUGUGUUUAAUUGUUGUUUAUUACCAAAAAGGCUGUGGUCAGCAACCCCAUGCAUGCAAAUUACUUCUUAAUGGAGCAUUUUUUGAAGGUUUAUUUUUGUUUUAAUUAUGUGUGUCUGUGUAUGUUCUGUUCACGAUGCCCAUGGAGGACAGAAGAACGUGUUGGGUCUGGGUCUCUUAGAGCUGGAAUAGUUAGAGGCAGCUAUGAACUUGGACCGGGACUGAGGUCAUCUGCAAGAGCAUCAUCUGUGAAAGCAAUAAGCACUUACCCACUGAGCCUUCUUUCCAGACCCUGGAAUUUUUUUUUUUUUUUAAUAUUGAGUUUUUUUUCUUAAUCCUAUUUUGUAAUUUGUCCCAAGUUUAUUUUCUAAUCCUCCCCUCAAGUAUAUUUUUCUUUUUCUUAACGGAAAAAUGGAGUGACUUAGCAGUUUCAAUAUUGAAGACUAAAGUUAAAAAAAACAAAACAAAAUUUAAAUUCACAGUACAUUUUGAGUGUCACUGCUGACAAAGGGCUUGUAAGAGUGAGUAGCAGCCAUUGUAUGGAACAGUGAGGCGACAGAGCAACUGAGUCACAUGGUUCCACUUAGCCUUGUUUACAAGGCUGUGAACUCUUAAACAGACCUUUUAGGAAGGUCUUUGAUGGAUGGACUUUUGAAAACAAGUCUUCAGGUCAGAGUUUAUUUUGAGCUAACAAAGAUUUGCAGAGACUACUGUUUUUAUAUAACUUUGACUCCUAUUAAGCUUCAGAUUUAAAAAAAUUCAAUGAUGAAAUUUCUAUGAGGCUCUAUCUGUGCUGUGGGUUUCUGUUGGUGAGAAUGAGGGAUCACACUGUCCGGUGAGUCUCCUCUCAGUGUGUAGACUUUAUGAGACCAACAGAUUUACAUCCGGUAGCAAAUGAGGCUUUGUUUUAGAAUAGAGGCAAGUAAAUUUACUGUUCAUCUGGGAAAGAGACUGUGUGUGUGUGUGUGUGUGUGUGUGUGUGUGUAUGUGUGUGUGUGUGUGUGUGUGUGUAGUGUGUGUGGUGUGUGUGGAGUGUGUGGUGUGUGUGUAUAGUGUGUGGAGUGUGUGUGGUGUAUGUGUAUAGUAUGUGUAUGUGUGUGUGUCUGUAGUGUGUGGGAUGUGUGUGUAUGUGUGUGUGUGUAGUGUGUGGGGUGUGUGGUGUGUGUGGUGUGUGUGUGUAACACAACAGCAUGUGCUCCAGUUGUGGCUGAACUUAACAGACAGCAUGAUUGAUUAACACUGGAGGGAAACAAGGAAGCAGAAUAAAUAUUUCCUUUGAGGUAGUAGCUGCUGUUUGAAUUAUAAUAAUAUAAUAAUUAUAAUAAUUGUGUGUUAAUUAAAGUUCAGAAAUUGCCUAUUGCACCUGAAAUUCUUGGUCUAAAGUGAGAUCCGAAUUUCUGUUGAGCACCUUUAGGAAAAGUAUAGAAGCCAUAUAGUCAGAACUUACGUGUUUUGUGUAGGUCAUAUCUAAAACUAGGUAUAAAUGCUGGGUAUUUUUCCUGUUGUAAUUUCUGUCAAACUCCUGUUAAGAAAGCUGUUAGGUACAUUUUUAAAUAAGUCACAGCAAAAAUGCUAUCCUACUGAUCCCAGCAAGCUAACAUCUGUCUUCUGAGCAUCAUGUCUGCCACCUGCUGAAAGGCCUGUAAGGUCCUGGCUAGUUUUCAUUUAAUGAUUGGUCAAAGAAGCAUUUAUUUUCCUAUUGUAAGUGCAAAGUGUUUUUUGAUUGUUAAUAAAAAAAUGUUGUCAACUAUCA